AUGAAUAAUACUUGUGGUCUUGGUUAUUUAAGUUGGGUUGCUGAGGUCGCCUUGCCUGUAAGCCGCCAGCAGCAAUUGGGCAACCCUUUGGUGGCUAAGGUAGGAGGCAAGAAAGCCUACGACCUCCAUCCUCUGGGCCAUGUCUUGGGCCGAGACCAUUUUGUGCAGUAUAAUAAGCGCCGUGUUUCACUUGUCGCAUUCAGAAGGCUUCUAACUUAUGCUCCUCUCUUCAAUCGAUCGAGUUCAACUCCAAAUCUCAUUCUUGCCCUUGCUUUUGUUUUCUUUUUUCCCUCUUCUUUUUUCAUUCUUGCCGUUUUCAUCUCAGUGGCGGACCCUCUUUCCAUCUUAGCGAGCAUCGCUGGGUUAGUUGCCCUUGCCGAUCUCAUCUUUCGGUCAGGUACCAAAUACGUCAAGAGCUACAGAGGUGCAUCAACAGAGGUUGGAAACCUCAUUCGCGAAAUCAGGAGCCUCUCUGUUAUUUUGCAUAAUCUUUCCCUUGUCGCUUUUGACCUAGAAGAGACUGAACCAACUGCUGCUGUUCACGAGUCGUCGUCUGUUCUUCAACCGCAUUAUCUCCACGAUUGCCACCAACUACUGAGGCGCUUGGAGACGGGCCUUUCGCGCACAGAAGCUUCCUUAGAUUCGGGUUCUGAGCACCAAAGACUGUAUGCUCGACUAAAAUGGCCUUUCACGUCGACCGAGUCCAAGGAAAUGAUCCAAGACGUACAGCGCUACAACCAGAUCAUUCACACAGCUCUUGCCGCCGACUCUCUGGCUAUGCUUAAACAUUGCUUAUCGCGACAAGACGAAAUAAAGAAUGGCCUCGACAAGAUCAGUCUCACUGCGGAGAGGAUCUUGGAAAUCCAAGUCAAGAUUUCUCAUGAUGCCAAAAGGAAUCAAGUUCUACGCGACUUUGGGCGAGUAAAUCCCAGAGGCGAAUACGAGACGAACAGAAAGCUGCGACAGGGGCGCACAGGUCUUUGGCUUACCCAAGGUCCAGAUUUUGACUUCUGGUACUCUACUCCCGGUUCAAGGCUCUGGUGCAGCGGCAUACCUGGUGCAGGGAAAUCUGUCCUUGCCGUAGCCAUGACCGAGGAGUGUUUGCAGAGAAAUGCCCAAAACACAAGAAAAGCAGUCGCAUACUUCUUCUGCACCUACAAGAACGAGUCUUCUCAACACUCAACGACCAUUCUCUCGUCUCUCUGCAUGCAACUUGAAAUGCAGAGCGAAAGCGCGUUUCAAAUUUUACAAGAAUAUCACGACCAACUAUUCUCAGGCCGUGAUCUUUCUGCAAGGCCCACGGCCGAGACACUCGCUCAGAAACUACAUCUCAUCUGUGCUUGCUUCACUCGGACUUAUAUAAUUGUUGAUGGUCUUGACGAGUGUGACCAUCGUGUUGCAGCAAAUGGUUAUGAUGUUAUCAACAUGGCACUGUCAAGUCGGGACGAGAUUAUUAUACGUCAACGCCUCAAGAAUGACUUCCCGCACGUCGAGAUUAAGGCUCAUACUGAGGAUCUACAACUAUAUGUUGCCUCGGAACUUAGUGAAAGGAUUGCUUCGAAACAGUUUCGCUGGGUAGCCUGCCAACUGGACUACAUGUGCGAACUCCCAACAGACAGAGCUCGGCGUGAAGCCUUGAGCAAACUCCCCCCUUCACUCUAUGCAACUUAUGAUCGGAUAUUACUGAGAAUUGAUGGUUACGAUGAUACAUUGAAGCGGCUAGUGAAGAAAGCAAUAUUAAUGCUCGCAACUUCUUUCGUCUCACUCAGUUUUGAAGAGAUUUGCGAGGCCAUCUCCUUGGAAGAAGAUGCAACGACUCUCGAAGAUGAUGAGAUUGUGAAAGAAGAGGAAUUGCUGCGAUGGUGCAGUAGCCUUGUUCGAGUCAGCAAAUCCGGUUCCUUCAAUGGUGGUAAAACUAGAAUCCAGUUUGCACACUUUACAGUCAAAGAAUAUCUUCACUCGCUGAAGACUCGCAACUCCGAUCAUGAAUAUCCACAACUCAAGGAGUACGCUGUUUCGCAUGAAGACGUUAUAGACUUCUUUUCUUUCCUUUGCCUACGCUUCCUUACCAUGGAGGAUAUAGAGCGAUUCUCGCCAACUCGCGACACAACACGCGCUAUCAGCUGUAUUCUUGCGCAACGCAGGCGCAGAACCUUUUACGAACCGUCAGUACUCACUUGGGCGGUAUAUGCGACAACCUCAAAAAUGGGAGACAGAACGCGUAAGCUCCUACGAAAGCUCCUGCAUCCGUCCAAAAAGCCUGCUUUCUGUCUGUGGGCAAUUGACUUCAUAUUCUGUCAUCAUCCCUCAUCUAUAGAAGCCUCAUCCGAGCCAAUAAUGAUUCUAUCGCAAGUUAUCGCUGCAGUUCUUAGGCCCGAAUUUACCCCUCUUCAUAUGGCAGCUGCAUUCAGUGGCUCUGAUGUACUAGCAUGCAGCAAAUUUGGGACUCCGUUACACUGUGCCCUUGGCAGCCGAGUGCAUUUGUUGCUGAACUCCUCAAUCUCGCCCCUUACCACCCCGUUACCAUCGGGAACUAUCAUAUCUCUCACCUUGUCAUAUGUGCAACUCUUCAGCAUUCGUUAUAAUCAGUACCUACAGAUGCCUUCCGUCACCUCCGAGACCUCUCAAAUGUGGUCCCGCUUUCCACAAUUCUUCAACGUCCUUGGUAACAAUAAUACGCCAGGUUCUCCAAGGUUUAUUCUUCGCCAGGAAACCGGAGAUGAUGAGGAAGUCCUUGCGUAUAUUCAUUCACUUAUCAAACUAAAUGAUGAAACUCGGAUGAACUCUUUCCUUAGCACGCGGAGAGCUAAACUGGCCCAGUCGACAGACAUUGACCCCAAGCAUCCAGGCUGGAAUGCUCUUCAUCUUGCAUUACUCGAGAGAUCUUAUCGAGUUUUGGACCCAUUUUUAGCCUUCGGCUUGGAUCCACGUGCUUAUAGACCAGACGGUUUCAAGCCAGUUCAUAUGUGCUGUCGGGAGAAUACCUGCGGUGCUCUUCAAGCGUUAUUGCGCUUUGGUGGAUCAACCCUCAAUACCGAUAACUUGGGUAGGACCGUGUGGCAUUUAGCCGCAGAGAUGAACUCGGUAACGGUUAUGGAGGAACUUCUUGACUUGGGCAACGUUGAUGUUGCGCUAAACAUGACAUCUAAGCCCCAUGAGAUGGCUAUUUGUGCGGCAGCGACUCGAUUACACCUCGAGGCUGUUUGUCUUCUCCUGCCUUUUUGCAAAACGGAAGAAUACUGGACAAGUAGCAAAGCCCUGUCCCUCAUUUUGUAUGAACCCGGGUUCUCUGAGGCUAUGCAAUCCUUACAUCGAUUCGGCAUCCUUUCACAAACGUCAUGCGUUCUCGAUCUUUUCCUGGAGCGACCGAACCUUAACCACCUUCUUCCAACAUUAUUGGAUGCAUACCUUGCAGAGGGAGGAGCCGGCUCACACAAACAACACAGUGUUCUCGACAUACCUCUCGCUUCACAUAACACAGACGGACUCAUGAUAAUGUUGAACAAGCUUCAGGGCAAGGCCUUAGGCCAAGGCGAAGUCACCCGCAUCUUCGAGAGCACCUCAACACUUGACUCGCUCAGUGCCAUCAUCAAUCAAGGGGAUACCCUUUAUCCGAACCGAACACCUCUUUUUCUAGCAGCUGCGCAAAAUAAUGUGAAAGCGGCAAAUGCUCUACUAAUUCACGGAGCCGACGUUGACAUAGCUGACGACAGAAAUUGCACACCUCUCUUUGUUGCAUCUGAGCACGGUUCAGCAGAAGUUGUAGAGCUCCUCCUCAGUCGCGGUGCCCAUGUCGGCGUGAUGAAUACUUCAUCCCACGAGCUCCUCGAUGUGGCUUUCGUACAAAAGUCAUGGAAGGUUGUCGAUAUCCUUCUCGCGGCAGUGGGAAAGCUCAGCAGCUGGCCUGACCAUUUCUUCUCCAACGGAGUAGACACCUUGGUCGCGAUAACCUACAACCUCCGGUAUGUCAAACCUUCGGUCAAGAUUGAGGGUGUUCACCAGCUGUGUGGCCUGCGAACCCCCGGUGCUCAUAGUUUGCUAUGUCGAGCAGCCUGCUGGGGUUCUGUCACGGCGAUCCAGAACUUCGUCAAGCUUGGGAUUGGUGAUAUUGAACACCAUUGUCGCAGUCGAGUUUCUGAUGAUUCAUGGCGCUAAGGUGCCUGACUAUCUUUGUAAACCCAAGAAUUCCUCCCUCAGUACUGCAAACCCAGGUUUUGUCAUUCGACAAUGGUUAUUUGUUGGCAGGUACACUGAAAAAAGGCGAAUUUCAUUCAAUCUGUUGAAUGAAGAGACGGAGAUCAAGAGCUGGUCUGGAGUAUGGGUUGCUCGGGUCCCAUUGCGAUGGCAAAAGAGGAGUUCUGUUGAGAGCAUCUCGGAAUACGCCAAACGAAGACAUUGGGUUGAAAUUGAGUACAAGUCAAGCACUGUUCGAGAUGCUCAACUGGUGCGACGAAAAGAGAGAUGUGGCAGCAUGUCGAGUGUUGAACGGCAGGGCUAUUGCUGAGGAAGACACGACAGUCACUCAGCGCCGCAAGACUGAUAGCCAACGCAUCCGACCAAGCACACCCAACAGUGGAUCAUCUAUAGCUUUAACCGAGCUCGCAAAAAGGCCGAUGAGGACAAAGCAAAGAAAUUGUAACGCUGCGUUCAG